GAUUGGCUUCAUAGUAUGAGUAGGGACAGCCUGGUAAGUUUCUGAAUUAUGAUAAGUGUCGAAAUUUUCAUUUUAGAAUAUAUUCAAUUUGACACACAAAUUAUGUAAAUUUAUAUUUGGUAAUAGAAUGUUGUAUAUGAAGCUAGUUUUCUCAUUGGUGCAAGUGCCGGAUAUGAACCAACUCCUAUUUGUGGAAAGACUACUCUUCAGUGGAAUUUUCUUGCACCAUAAUAUUCUCCCUCUCUUAAAUGGCCACACAUUGGUAGAAGUGUUUUGGACCGUGACAUCUUUCUAUAUGUAUAGAAUAAUUGCCUUCGCAGUCAAAGAGGAUUCACUUGUGUUCGACAUCACUGUCCUGGAUGAGUGGGGAAAAUGUUUCUUCAGCUAUUGUCUCCAAGUACCAGUAGUUAAAGACUGGUUUCUUGGAUCAUGAUCCUGUUUUUGUGCAGAAGAACAAAGGUUUCUCCAGUCCAGAAUUCGAUCGACAUCAACUAUUCAGAAUGAGUAGGAAAUGUUUCUUUCGGUCUUGCCUCAAAGUACCAGCAGUUA